AUGGAUCCUUUGCAAAUUGCGGAUUCGUCGUUCGUCGUAUCCAACGGAAAACGUGACCGUACUCCAUUUGUUGCGCCAGGAACAUUCUGUUUUGUGGCGCGUCACACGAGGAUUUGUCCAUGUGCGACUCCAAAGUGUACAGGUUUACAGUGUUUUCGUAAAUAUGAGAUUGCACUGCAUCCUAUAACUAGUUAUUCACGUAUUUUCACCAGAACUUCGGUUUAUUUGCUUCCGAGUUUGUAUUCUUCUCGGAUGGCGUUGGCACAUUCGAAAUCUGAUCCUGAAAAUGCGGAGGAUUUCUACAAAAAGGCGGAGGAAUACUGGUCGAAUGCCAGCAGAGACAUUGAUGGAAUGCUUGGCGGAUUCGCUCAUCUUCAUACUCCAGAUAUAAGGGCUUCAAAAGCAUUCAUCAAAAAAUUGAGGACAAAGAAUUUCCUUGUUGAUAUGAAUCGAGCUGCUGAUUGUGGAGCUGGCAUUGGGCGAGUUACUCGACAUCUGCUUCUGCCUCUCUUCAAAAACGUUGUCAUGGUGGAACCAGUUACUGAACUGCUUGAGAAGAGCGUUACAUAUGUAGGUGAUAAAGGAAACGUGAAAAGAAUUCCAGUUGGACUUCAAAACUUUUAUCCGGAUGUUGGUAGUUUUGAUAUGAUUUGGAUUCAGUGGUGUUCGGGUCAUUUGACUGAUAGCGACAUGAUACAGUUUCUCGAGCGUUGCGUUGAAGGUCUCACUAAAGAGGGUGUGAUAGUAUUCAAGGACAAUCUUUCCGCUCAGCAAGAGUCCGAAUUUGACAGUGAAGAUAACAGUUGGACCAGACCAGAAAGACUUGUUCUAGAAUUAUUUGAAAAAUCGGGUUUAAGAGUUGUUGCCGAAAAUGUUCAAACAGGAUUCCCAUCUGGUAUGUAUAAAGUUAAGAUGUUUGCUUUGAAACCUGCACGUAAAUAA